GAGUACAGCUGUAUUUCGAAGGACGGCGGCCGGCCGCAGGCGCAGCGGGCAUGCCCAUUCGUCCGGCCGGCAUCAUGUUGUACUCCUGCUCGUCCUGUGCCGUCGGCAUAUGAAAUGGAAUGGUGGAUGAGCCAGAUGGAUCGAUCGCCAGCCAGUCCAGGUCGUCGUUGCCGUUUUCCAAUCAUGCAGCAGAGAGAGAGAGAGCUUUCGCUUGGAGUCGGAUGAUUUGCCCUUUAGAAAUGACAUCCGGCCUGUGCUUCAGGUCAAAAGUAGUGCACACGCAAUGAUGGGAUUUGCUAAUGAUGCUUUCGUAGGAUGCGCGCACGGAAACAAGCAGGUGAAGGGUUUCAUGUUUGAAAAACCGGUUGAUCUGAAAGUAGGUGUGAACCAUGUCAUAUUGCUGUCAUCAACUAUGGGAAUGAAGGAUAGUGGUGGUGAACUUGCUGAAGUAAAGGGCGGCAUUCAGGAGUGCCUAAUCCAAGGUCUCAACACUGGGACGUUGGAUUUACAAGUCAAUGGCUGGGGCCAUAAAGCUGCACUAGAAGGUGAGUUAAAGGAGAUCUACUCAGAAAAAGGUUUGGGCAAAGUUUAGUGGAAACUGGCUGAGAACGACCGAGCAGCCACUUGGUAUAAGAGAUACUUUGAUGAGCCAGAUGGAGAUGAUCCCGUUGUACUUGACAUGAGCUCAAUGAAACUGAUCUACCAUGCAACUUUUUCUUGCCCACCAUGGUUUUCUUCUGGAGCAAGGAAGUUUAUUAAGUGCAUUCUCGAUCCUAACCAUGAUACCAGGAUAAAAAUUGCAGAAAUUUUGGAAGAUGAAUGGUUCAAAAAAGGCUAUAACCUUGACGACGUUGAUGCUGCAUUCAAUGGUUCAGAGUUAGCCAAGCAGUGGGAUGCUACAAUCUGCUGAAGGAGCAUAGGGACAUUCAGGUUCUCUACCAUGAUGAUGGAGUGAAAGACAACCCCUCUACAAAUGGCAGCAAAGAGCAACAGGGAAGAAGGCCAGCACUGGAUUGCAAACGGGCUCGGUUCGCUAUGAAGGAUACUGGAAGGUAAAUUGUUUGCUAGGCAAAAACCUUCCUAUAGAUCUCCAGAAAUAUUAUCUAAAUGUGAUGAAUACCUUCUGCUUUUAUCUUGUACAUGAGCUUUGGUGUCAUAUACUAGCAAUUGAAACAUCAAAUUCAAAUCAGAUGGCACCGGCGAAGAGGAAGCGCACAUCAGCUUCCCGGAUGAAUGUGUGGGUAGAGCCUGUGUCCACCAGCGCCACCAAUGUCCGAUCCUUGACCCUGACCUGGAGCUACAUGGUGCUGCUGAUGUCAAUGCCCGUGAGGGCAUGAAGAGAAAUGCCCAGGUCCUCCGCUGCUGCAUCUUCCUCCAUGUUGUCGUCCAUCUCCAGCAAGAAUACCCCCCUGGCGGUGCACUUGUGAUCAACCGAGUUAAUCCUCAUACCCAUCAGCUAAAACUGUGUGACUUUGGCAGCGCAAAAGUUCUGGUAAAAGGCGAACCAAACAUUUCUUACAUCUGUUCUAGAUACUACAGAGCUCGAGAGCUCAUAUUUGGUGCUACUGAAUACACAACAGCCAUUGAUGUUUGGUCUGCUGGCUGUGUGCUCGCUGAGCUGCUUCUAGGACAGCCUCUGUUCCCUGGAGAAAGCGGUGUUGAUCAGAUUGUUGAAAUCAUCAAGGUUCUGGGCACACCCACACGUGAAGAAAUUAAGUGCAUGAAUCCAAAUUAUACCGAGUUUAAAUUCCCGCAAAUCAAAGCUCACUCGUGGCAUAAGAUAUUCCAUAAAAGGAUGCCUGCUGAAGCAGUAGAUCUUGUGCCCAGGCUUCUGCAGUACUCACCAAAACUUCGAUCGACUGCUUUGGAAGCAUUGGUCCAUCCGUUCUUUGAUGAACUUCGGGAUCCAAACACCCGCUUACUGAAUGGUCGUUUUCUUCCGCCUCUCUUCAAUUUUAAGCCCCAUGAGCUGAAGAACGUGCCGACGGAUUUCAUGGUGAAAUUGAUCCCUGAGCAUGCACGGAAGCAAUGUGCCUUCGUAGGAUGGUGAUCUCUGGAUAAGAGGAUGACGGCUCGAUGAUUAGCUGAGGACCAAGUUAAUGUCUGUUAGAAACUGCCGGAGAUCGACAUUGCCAGAUGUGGUGUGGUAUAAGAUAGGCAAUAUGUGUGAUUAUUUUUUGUUCGAGGUUAUCAACCCCCUUGCCCUAGAAAAUAUGAGAAGAUGUUGAUGUAACAAACCCUCUGCGUUUCUGUAAGUAGAUGAGUGUUGCUGCAUGCCCCUGGGUACAUGUAUCGGUUUGAGCAGAAUUCUGUUUGCCUGAAUCGUGCCAUCACCACGCAGGGAUCCAUCCCUUGUGUGACGAUGUUCAGC